CGCCUGCCGCCGCUCCCGCCGCCAACGAGCCGUAGGGCUGUGUAAGGCACGGAGGGCGACAUGCUGGAGUUGAACCAGCCGCCGGCCACCAGCAGCGCGAGCGGCAUGCUGUCCUUCCUGUCCAACAUGGAGGGCCGCGGUGGGUUGGUGCUCAACCCGCCGCUGGCCGCCCUGCACACCAUGACAGACAUGAAGACGCUGUACGCGCAGCAGCCCGUCAAGUCCCUCUCGCCACAGUCCUCCGCCGCAGCUGUCCCCGCAGGGCAUGGUCCCCGCAGGAGCUGGCCGCCUCCUACUCCACUGCGGCCAGCACGGCGGCCUCGUCCUCCACCACCACGCCCGCCACGCCCCAUAACAUCGAGAACAUCCUCAGCCGCCCCAACCCACAGAUGCACACGUCCGGCCUAUGCGGCAUGGGCCAGGUGGGCGGCAUGGGCGGCCUGGGGCGGCUGAGCGGCUCCAUGAGUCUGUACGGCGGCCUGGCGGGGAAGAUGGCAGACCUGGCGCGCCCAGACCACCAUCUACUGGCCGGGCGUGCAGGGCAUGCUGCAGAACCCGCUCUUCUGGCGCGAGAGGAUACAGUCCAACAACCCCUGUCUCCCAGUUUCGCUAGACAAGGACGGGAAGAAGAAACACACACGCCCAACAUUCAGUGGGCAGCAGAUCUUCGCCCUCGAGAAGACCUUUGAGCAGACCAAGUACUUAGCCGGACCCGAGAGAGCCAAGCUGGCGUACGCACUGGGCAUGACUGAAUCUCAAGUGAAGGUGUGGUUCCAGAACAGGCGCACCAAGUGGAGGAAGCGCCACGCCGCCGAGAUGGCCACGGCCAAGCGGAAGCAGGAGGAGGCGGUGGACGGCUACGGCGACGAGGACCAGGAGGAGGACGGCGAGGAGUCGCAGCAGGGGGGCAGCAGGACGUGAAGCGCGGCAAACACGCCAACUCCCCGCACGAGGACAGCGCGGCAGCAGCAGGCGGCGCAGGUGUGGCAGGAGCGCAGCCGCCGCCCCAGCAGACCACACCGCACCUCUUACACCAGCAGGAGGCCACAGCAGCAGCAGCGGCCGCAGCAGCAGCAGCCGCCGCCGCCGCCGCCGCCGCUGCCGCCGCCGCUGGGGGCGUGCAGCAGACCUCCUCACAGCCCCCGGUGCAGCAGUCACCCCCGCACCUGCCCCCCUCGGCCUCUCCCCUCUCGACUGUCCCCCCCGCGACCUCCAGUGAAUCCUGACGCACCUCCUUCCUGUCCUCACCAGUGACCUCCCUCACUCCACGACUCCCCGCCACUAGCCUCCACUGACCUCCUCCACCGCCCUCAUCAUCUCCACGAGUCUCCAGUGACCUCCAUCAUCUCCACCACCUUCACCACCCACAUCACCAUCAACACCCCGCACCGCCACGCCCCGCUGCCCCUCCGUCGGUUCCUAGACCCAGCCCCGCCUUGGGUCCCUCCUUAGGGUAUAUCUUCCCUCUCUCCCAUCUCCCCACCCCCCAGCCCUCUCCCUGCCAAAUGACUCUUUGUGUAGUACGUUUCUCCUCUCCCUCCUCUCCUUCUCUCACUCUGAAAGGUUGUGAUUCUCAGAUUCUGACUGUCAUCCACUCUCUCUGUCUCCCUCUCUCUCUACCCUUUCUCUUUCUCUCCCCCUCUCCUGCUCUCCCUCGCCCCUCUCCCCAGGUCAGGCUGUCUGCUGACCACCGCCCCGCCCCGUCAUUCUCUCUGCUUGCUGCUGAGAAAGUUUGAGUCAGUCAGGCAUGAUAAUGAUAAUAAUAAUAAUAAUAAUAAUAAUAAU